GCAGUGAAGUACAGUGAAGUAAAGUUGGUUGAAUUGUCAAAAUUUGUCUGCUAAGCAACUUACAGUUUGUUCCGUCAAAUUUUUAAGUAUUUUUAGGUUAUUCGAGUGUUUAUACCGCUAAUUGCACGUGUUGUAUUUGUGUAUUAUAAGUGUGUACAAUGUCUGAAGUCGAAGAUUGCCUGAAUCUGUUGUGCAUUGCCAAUUUAAAUGAUGUAUCAUAUGCAGAAUCAUUGAUGCUAACUAUAAAGGAACAGUUGUAUGAUGAGAAAUCUGCAAAACCAGUUAUUAUAUACUUAAAUAAGUAUAUUUCAAAUGCUUUAACUCGUGAUAAAGGUUUCCAUAUAUUAUCACAAAUUAUAACAGACAUAUCUGAUAAAAUUUUACGAGAAAAUUGUGUUACUUGGACCAGCUAUGCAGUAUCUCAUCAUCAGCAUGAUCCAUUACAUGGAAAGAAACUACAGUUUUUAACUCAACUUAUUGGCUAUUGUUAUAAAAAUGAAGAUUAUCGUAAAAUAAUGGUUUCCAACUUGCUACCAAAAAUUGUUGAAGCUUGUGUAUCAGUGAAUAUAAAAACGCAUGAUGCUUUACAUGCUAUAGGGUGUUUAAAAUCAUGUUUAAUACACUUUCAAAGUGCUUGUAUUGCAUACAAGAAGAAAAUUGAACAAUACCUACUGGAAUUUCUUGAUGCUUCUGUGUCUGUCUCCAUUGUGGAAGAAGCAGCUAAGUGUUUUCACUACUUGGAUCAGGUGGGUGGCGCUGGUCCAUCUGGGAGUGUUCACAUAAAAAAUUUUAGUGACAAUGUGGAGAAACUGUACAACACAUUAAAUUCUGUCUAUGAUGUUAUUUUUGAAGACAUUGUUGAGUUCCAAGAUUAUCAUACAACUGAUAACUCCAAUAUAUUUGAGUUCAGACAACCAGCAAGCAAUUUGGAUUACCUAAACUUAUAUAGAAUUUAUUCUAGAAGAUUGAGAAAUGUAAUACAAUAUUUAACAGCAAAAUUUGAAUGUAAUUUUACUGAAAGAAAAACUUUCAAUCCUCAAAUUUUAUUAAGUAUAAUUGAAAGAGGUUUAGCAGUCCACAUUCACUAUAACAAGACUGAAGUUGAGAGCAAUUUAUUCAGUACUAUAAUAAUACAACAUCAAGUUGAUUUGUUACAUUUGCUAAACACUAUGAUCAAUUGUUUGAAAUACAAUUUCAUACGUUUCUCAACAAUUAAAAUGUUACAAGAAUGUUUGUUAAAAACCAAAUCAUGCAAUUGCUUCAAACGUAACUCUGAAUACAAGCUAUCUAUAUAUGAAGUAUUAAAAUUCUGGAUCAGAAACUCAGGGGAGCAAAUUGAUUUGCAAUCUUAUGAAAAAAUACUUAAAAGUAUUAUUGCUGACAUUACACCAAAUAAAUCAGUUUUAGUACUGAGCUUUUCUAAUAUGGAUAGUAAAUCUAAAAAAGCAAAAUCCAAAGCUAUACAGGACAAAAUAAUCAAUUCCACAGAGAUUGGCAAGAAAUCAUCAACAGUUUCAGAGCAAAAAUAUUUAGAGUCUGUGUGUUUUCAAGCUCUAAAUACUUUAGAAUUAUUAUUAAAGAAAGUCACAUUGAAUGUGAAUGCUUCUACAUGUUCUCUACUCUUUGAAACAAUAGUCAAAAGCUUAUUAGAUAUAAGUGUACAAAUUUAUGAUCCUCCAUAUAACGAUAUAAGGUGCAGACUUCAGUUAUAUAAAGUACUUAUUGCAAUUUUUGAUCAAACUAAAUUUAGUUUUGACAUUGGCUUUGCAAUAAAUCUAUUAUAUUUGGGUGAAAGAAGUGAAGAUACUGACAUUUCUGAUGUUUGUUCAGAAGGUUUAGCUGCACUGGAAAAGAUUUGCCAGCCCGUAAAUGGUUCUUUAUAUAUGACUUCACUGAGCGAAAGCAAAGAAUCCGCAAAGCCAAAUACUAUUCAAGUUGAUGAUGACAAGGAAAUGGAUGUAGAGGAAACGAUAAUUAUAAAAGAUAUUAUUAAUCCCGAUGAACAAAUAGAAAUCAUCGAAGAUAAUAACGAAGAUGAAACUAUAGAGGAAGGCAGUAACUAUUGCAAAAUAGAUACCAAGCAGAUCUUCGAUGUCACAAAUAGUUUUAUGCAGAACGACACGGAAGCAGAAUUUAGGGUUGAAGUUGCUUCCAGUCCAUCGGCAUCUGAAAAAAGUUCAGAUGUGACUAUUCUGGUUGAUGAAAUUAACACUGAUGAGCAAAUGUCCAAAAAGUGUGAAAAGGUAAAAAUACUAAGCGAUAUAAUUAUCUGCGAUGACGAUACUCAUGUGCCAGCUAAAAAGAUAAAGUUAGUAGAGGAAGAAACCAAACCCACUAAAAAUGGACACGAAGAUAAUACUUCUGAAUGCAAGAAGGAAGAUGAGACUUCCUCAGAAGUUUUGAAUGAUGACAUUAAAAAUAUGUUGUCAACCUUUGUAGAUGAAGUAAACUAAACCAUUGAUAUACAUUGAAUCUACAAUAUAUUUAUUAAUAUAAGAUUUAAAAUGUUUUAUAUACAAACAUUUAUUUUGUUUUAUCUAUUUACUACGUAAGUGUUAUAUUAGUUGAAGCUAAUGUUCAUUUUUUUUUUUAAAUAUUCUGUAUUCCAUUUUACAUAGACUUCCUUUUUAUAAGAAUAUUGUUGAAUUAAACAUAUAUUCAUAGAUCCC